AUGGAAGAAAAACCUUCUCCUGUCCACAUCCUCAUUCUCUCCUCCUGGCGGUCAGGAUCCUCCUUCACUGGACAAAUCUUCAGCCAGCACCCCAGCGUCUUCUACCUGAUGGAGCCUGCAUGGCACGUUUGGGUUAAGAUGUACCAGAACAGUGCCAAAGUCUUACACAUGGCAGUGCGGGACUUAGUCAGGUCGGUCUUUCUGUGUGACAUGUCUGUGUUUGAUGCUUACAUGUCUAGCCAGAAGAAAAAGUCUGAUUUAUUUCAGUGGGAGACAAGCCGAGCCUUGUGCUCCCCACCUGCCUGUGACUCAUUCAGUCGCAGUGACAUAAUCACUGCGGGCAACUGCAAAACGAUCUGUGGCAAGUACCCAUUCAGCAAGGUGGAGGAAGCUUGUAAAACCUAUAGCCAUGUUGCCAUCAAGGAAGUUAGGUUCUUUGACCUGAAAGUUCUCUAUCCCCUUCUCACUGAUCCAUCCCUGAACCUCAAAAUCAUUCACUUGGUACGUGAUCCUCGGGCUGUGUUCAGGUCCCGAGAGAAUACAAUGGCAGACCUGAAACGAGACAGUAACAUUGUUGUGGGGUCUCAGAAGACAAAGGGAGAAAUGGGGCCCUACAACACAAUGCAGGUAAUCUGCAAAAGCCAUGUUGAGAUAUACAAGGCAGGAAGUCAGGCCGCUCCAAGCUUCCUGAAAGACCGGUAUCUGCUGGUUCGCUAUGAAGACAUUGUCAGAGACCCACUAGCAAGGGCUGCUCAGAUGUACAGGUUUGCAGAACGCCAUUUCACACCAGAGCUUCAGAAAUGGGUCCAUAACAUCACCCAUGGAAAGGGUCAUGGAGCACAAGCCUUUGAUAUUGGGUCGAGAGAUGCACUGAGAGUAUCCCAGGCCUGGAGAAAGACACUUCCCUUCCAGAAAAUAGAAAAAGUGCAAAAUGUGUGCAAAGAUGCAAUGGAUUUGCUGGGCUACCGGCUUGUUCAGUCUGAAGAAGAGCAGAAAAAUAUGUCUCUGGAUCUUUUGUUUACCCAGAACUCCUCUGAGUACCAGAUUUUGAAGGCAGAAAAGCUGGUCUCUGCACCUACUCUCUGA